CUAAGAUGGCAGACAACGUGAGAAUCCUCGGUGGUCCAUUCCAAAAGUGUAGCAUAUGUACUUCAUAAAACAGUUGAACAAAAAACUUCUGACAAAAUGGAUGGAGAGGACUUAGCACUUCAGUGUGAACAACAAAAGUUACAACUGGAUCAGCUGAAGUUAAUGAUCAGAGAGAGAGAUGAAUCAUUACAGAAUAAAGAUAAAGAAUUACAGGAAACCAAUGCUAAACUUUCAAAGCUACGUCUGCAGGCCAAAGCGAAAGCUGCAAAAGAGACAAAGGCUGCUAAAAAAUCAGCGGCUGCCGAGGAAACUACAGAACAGGUACAAAAUGAAGGUGAAAGUGAGACUGCAGAAAAAGCCAGCAGAGCAAAGAACAUGCUGAUGAAGAGAAAAUUAGAUGAAAAAGAUAAAAUCAUUGCAGAUAAAGAAGAAAUACUAAAAUCUAAUGCUCAGAUCAUUGAAGAUAAAAAUAAAAUUAUAAAGGAAAGGGAGAAAACUCUACAGACACUAGCCACACAGCUGGCAGAGAAUAAUAAAGUUAUAGAGGAUUUACAGUCAGGAACAGAUGUACAAUCAGAGGGAAAUAUGCAGGCUAUGUAUGCACAAAUGGUAUAUAAAGACAAAAACUUAUUAGAACUAAACAACAAAAUUCUAGAAAUGGAAGGGAAAUUGAUGGAUUUGCAGGAAUAUAUUUCAGAGAAAAAUGAAGUGAUAAGAGGAAGAGAUAAAGUAGUGGAGAUUCUACAGACAUCAAUAAGAGAAAAAGAUCAGACUGUCCAUGAUCAGAAUGCUCUUAUUGCCAAACUGUCAUCAAAAGUAGAACAUGGUGAAGAAACACAGGAUACUCUUAAAGAAGAAGUGGACAAAUCUCAACAUCAACUCAAACAAGAAUCAGAAAGAUUCAAUCUCAGACUACAAGAAUCUCAGAGAUAUUUCGAAGAAUCGUUAAAAGAACGUGAAGAUGAGAUUCAAAACUUACGGAAUCUUGUUCAGGUUAAAAACGAUGAAAUUUCAAUGAGGGAUGGGGAUCUUAAGGAAAUUAUUUCAAGGCAUGAACAAGAUGUUCAACGAAUUAUGUCUAAAGGUGAAAUAAAUCUUGAGGAUCAAGUUUUAAAAAUGUUGGAACAAAAUCUCAAAGACACAAAUGAAGUUUUAGAAGGUAAAAUUAAAGUCAUUGAGGUUCUGCAAAAGGAGAAUAAAGAAAAAGAGAAGCAAAUAAAUGAAAAUUUAGAUAUUCAAAAAAAUUUUAAGGAAAAAUUGCAAGUAACAUCUGAACAAUUGAUGUUGCUGAAUGCAGAUCAAGUUGAUAUGGAAAUGCAAUGGAAAGAAGAAAAAAGUCGUUUAAAUGAAAGAAUGAGGGAACUUAUUGAGAAACAUGAUCAUGAACAAUCUGAGAAAGAAUUACAGACACAUUCAAUGCAAAGUCAACUAACACAAUAUCAAGCUCUCUAUACACAGGCCAUGGAACAAUAUAACAAACUGCAGGCUAGAUUCCAGCAGACACUGACACCAGGGGGCGCUGUUCCAGUAACUCAGCAAGAUGGCAGCACAAGUCAAAAUUCUGAACAAAAUGAUAAAACAGUAUUAGAUUUAGAAAAGCAAAUUCAAGAAAAGAAUAAAAUAGUUGAUGAACUGAAUAAUGAUAAUGAUAAAAUGAAACAGAAAAUAAAAGAUUUAGAAACUGAAAUGAAUUCUCUGAAAAAGGAAGAAGCACCUUCUAGUAGUGGGAAGUCAGAUCCUAAAAUGUUGAAAAUGAAGGCACAAAUGACAUCCAAGAUUAAAUCUCUUGAAAAGGAGGUAGAGAAGUUGAAACAGGGAAAGAAGGACCAACCAUCGAAUGAAUCAAAUGAACUUAAAAUUAAUCUGGAUGCUGCCAACAAGAAAGUUCAGGAAUUAUCAAAAGAAAUAGAAAGUUUAAAUGUCCAGUUGGAGUCGGAGAAAAAUAGUUCAAAGGACUUGAAAGACCAGUUGAAUAACUUACAACAAGAAUUAACAUCCUCUAAGCAGACAUCAGAUGAACUGACCAAUCAAAUCACAGAAUACAAGAAACAGAUUGAACAACUAACCAAUCAGAUCCAUGAUGUUAACCAAGAGAAUGAAUCAAAAGAAGAUAGCCUUGAGAAACUAAAGAAAGAACAACUGGAAACUGACAUUAAGAAGUUAGAGAAGGUAAACAAAGGAAAAGAUGUGAAAUUAUCUCGAGCUGUUGAGGAAUCUGGUGCUUUUAAAUUAUCUAAAGAACAGGAAAUAUCAGAACUUAAAAUCAGAUUGUCUGAAGUGACAGCAAAUGUGGAAGAAAUGAAAUCUCAAAAAUCUAAACUAGAACAGACUGUUUCGGAAUUACAGGGGAGACUUGAGGGUUCUUCACAAGAGCAGACUGUUCUCAAUGAUAGUCUGCUCAAAGAGAAUGAACUGUUGACAUCUGAAAUAAACAACUUAAGGUCGGAAAAAGACAAAAGUGUAAAUGAAAAUAAAGAAAUUAAAACAGAACUAAACAAAUUACAAAAACUGUACAAAGGAAGGGAAGCCAAAGUAAAGAAAUUUCAGGAUGUUGUCAACGAGCAAGAAAAGUUACUUGCCACAAAAGAGGCGGAUAUUAUUGUGUUCAAAGAAAAUAUAAUACAACUAGAAAGUAAACUGAAAGAUGUCAACUAUGAUGAGGAGUUUUUGCAUUCUGAAAUGACUAAAUCAGAAGCGGAUUAUAAUCAACUUCAACAAAAAUAUGAUCAAUAUGAAAUAGACUAUAGACAUCUUGAAAUGAAAUGUCAGCAGCUAGAAGAGGAGGUACUGUCAGCACAAAGUGAUAGCAGAAUCGAACAUGACCAAGUUAAAGGUGCACAUGAAGAUCAAAUCUUAUACUUAGAACAGUAUGUCGAAUCAUUGCAAAGGACUGUUCAGGAUAAGGAACAAAUAGCAAUAGAUAUGGAAAAUGAACUCUUGGACUUGGUUGACAAAGAAAAAUUUAUGUUGCAUGAAAAAGAAAAUUUGGAGAAUGAAAUUUCAAAAUUGCAACAAAUAUGUAAAGGAAAAGAUGAAAAACUGAUAAAUUUUACACAGGAAUGUGAAGAUCAGUUGUCAGUAAAAGAAUCAGCAAUUGAAAAAUUAAACUAUGAACUUGACGAAGCAAAAUUUAGGCAUGAAGAACUAGAAAAACAACUGAAAAUAAAUUUCUCUGAAAAAGAUGAAAUAAAUGCUGAAUUACAGAAAAUGCAAAAACUCUACAAGGGUAAAGAAGUUAAGAACAAGAAAUUUGAGGAAGUUGUCUCGGAACAAGAAAAACUCAUUGCUGACAAAGAUGCUGAAAUUUUCAUGUCAAAAGAGAGAAUUAAAAACUUAGAGCACAGGAUGGAUGAUGUUUUAUAUGAAGAUGAAUUGACCAGAAAAGAUUUAGAGAUCAUGAGGGGUGAAAACUUUGAACUCAAAGACAGAUGUUAUUGGUUAGAAGGCGAAUUAGAUAAAGUCAAACAAGAUUUUACUGACAGAUUAGAUGAAAGUCAAACAGAGCUUCAACGAGUUAGUGAAGAAAAAGACUCAAUGCUUGCUUCUAAACAACAGUAUGAAGAAGCAUUUCAAAACUUUGAAUAUGACAAAGAGACACUCACAAAUGUUAUAGGAGAGCGGGAGACUGGUAUUUCAGAAAUAAACAAUGAACUACAACAAGCCAUUUCAAUACGAGAUAAAUUGAUUGCUGAAAAUAAAAAAUUGUCAGCUCUUGUAAAAGGAAAAGAUGUGAGAAUUAAAAAACUUGAGGCAAAAUUAAAGGAAGAUGAAGAAUACAUUAGUGAAAUGAACAAAAACUUUCAGGAGGUGGAGGAAGAAAGAGAAAAAUUUGUAAAUGAAAUUGGUAAACUUCAAAAGCUAGGUAAAAGUAGGGAUAUAAAAGCUAAAAAGUUUGAAGAAGUUGUUGUUGUCCAAGAAAAAGUUCUUGUUGAAAAGGAUACUGAGGUUGUCAUUCUCAAGGAACAAAUAAAUGAGUUAAAUGGUCGACUUGAUGACUUAUAUAGUGAAGAAGAGACCUUAAGAGAUGAACUGAAUGAGUCAGUGGCCCAUUUCCAGGAUCUGGAGGAAAAGUGUUAUCACUUACAAGCAAAUAUCGAUCAGUUGCAAAGAAACAUAAAUGAAAAGGAUUAUCAAAUUGAAGAAUUUAAGAAAAAUUUAGAUGUAAAUCAUGAACAUAUUGUGAAAUUGGAAAGUGAGAAGAAAGAACUGAUGAUUGAAAAGGAAAAGAUUGAACAAAGUGUAGCUUCUGUUCGUCGACAGGUAUCAGACGGUGAUGGCAGUGUAGAUAAAGUGAAAGUAGAAUUACAAAAUGUCCUUGUGGAAAAAGAACAUUUGAAUUUAGAAAUAGCAAAGUUAAAGAAAGUCAGCAAAGGGAAAGCAGCCAAGGUGGCUAAAAUGGAGGACAUUUUAUCUCAACAGGAGAAUUUAAUCGCUGAUAAAGAGAUGGAUGUUGUAGUGUUGAAUGAGAGAGUACAACAUCUGAUGGAGAAGUUAGAAUAUAGUGACCAAGAAGUAGGGAUGCUGUCACAAGAACUAGAGGAUGCUUUGACUUGGAAGGAGAAAUUUGAACAGUUAUUUCAUGAAAAUCAAAAACAGCAUGCAAUACAUGAAGAGAAAAUGGUCUCAGAGCAAUACCAGAGGCAAGAAAUGGUACAAGAGACAGUUGUUCAGGAAACUUUCCAAAAACAAGAAGCUUCAGAACCCUUACAGUCUGUAGAGCUACCAACAGCAACUGACAAUGCUAACAGUCUUUCGAUAGACUUGGAAAAUCUUCAGUUAGAAAUGAAAAGUGAAAGAGAAAAAUUUAGCAAAGAGAAAGAGGCAAUGAAUGGACAGAUAAAAAAACUGAAAACACUUUGUAAAGCAAAAGAUACAAAGUUAAAUAAACUGAUGUCAGAAACCGAAUCUCAAAGCAGUGAAUCUUCUCAUGUGUCUGGACUAGAGGAUGAAAUUCUCAUUCUAAAAUCAGAAAAUGAAUCUUUAAAGGAAGGUCAGCUUUCAAAAUCAAAAGAGUUAGAUGAAUCUAUUAGACUUUGUCAGGAAUAUGUUACACGAAUCAAAGAACUUCAAGAAAAAGUUUCUAAAUAUGAAGUUGAAAACAUUGCAAAAUCUGAAGAAAUUGAAAACUUAUCUAGUAACAUGUUAGCAUGGGAACAGUGGUACAAGACCGAGCUUGAAAAUCAAAAAGUGGAGAUAGAAAGAUAUAAGAAUGAGGAAAUAACAGGUUUACAGAAUACAUGGAAUUCAUAUGAGAUAUGGUAUAGACAGGAAAUAGAUAAACUUCAAGGUCAUAUAAAUAAUCUUGGAGGAAAUGUGUCAGUAGUUGGAGCUUCAGAUGUGCUUCCCAUAAUAGAGGAAAUGUUAGAGCCAAGUUCAAUGGAAAAUACUGAAACUUCGCCAGAAAGUCUCAUUGUUGAUGAAGGAAAAAUAUCUAAUUCACAAGCAGAAAUGAUACACGAUGCAUCCAUUGAAACAGAUGUAGUUUCUAUAGAAAGUGAUGAAAAACAACAGGAGUUGCCACUAAAAUCUGGGAGUGAAGGUCCACAGAAUGAACUUGUAGUCCCAGAAAGAGAAGUUCUGGACAUGAAAAGUGAACUUGACAACAUGAAACAGAAACUUGAUGCUAAAAACCUCCAUGUGAAUGAAAUGAAACAAACAAUAGAAAAAUUACAAACUGAUUUUAGUAGUAAGGAAAAUGAACUGUUUUCUUUAAGGGAAACUUUUGAAAAAGAUAUAGAGAUAUUUCAAAAUAAUUUAGAUUCAUUGAAAGAGGAGAAAAUGGAGCUAUGUAAAACUAUUGAAGAUAAAACUCAAGAAAUUUUAUCUCUAAAAACAGAAAAUGCUUCGCAAGGUGUUUGGGACCAUGAUCAGAUUGCUUCUAUGCAAUCAAGAAUCGAAGAAUUAGAGGGAUUGAAUUCUUCAUAUGCAAUGAGUAAUACUGAGAUGGAAAGAAAAUGUGAGCACCUACAACACAUUGCUGAUGAGUCAGAAAGAGAGUUUGAAGAACUCAACAAUGAUACAAAUUUGUUACGUCAUAAUGAAGAAUUAUAUAAAGAUAUGUGGAAAACAUUGAAAUCAGAGAAAGAAAAUCUAGUUAAAGAAACUGAAAAAGCAUUGAAAUCAAAAGAUUCAAAAAUCAAAACCAUGACUGAAGCUAUCGAUGAUUUCCAAGAUAUGUUGUCGAAGAAAGAAUCAGAUUUGCAACAAAUGGUAACAGAGAAAGAAGCAAAGUGUGAAGAAAUUGCCCAGCUAAGCAACACUGUUAGCUACCUCCAAGAACAACUAAACUCAAGUGUUACACAAACGAAGCAGGAAUUUGUACAAAUGCUUACUGAUGAUCUUGGAGUAUCUGAACAUGAGAUGGAUGUUCUUCAAAAUGAAGAUAUCAAUAACUUAAUGACAAAAAUUAAGUUAGAACUUUCGAAUUUAAAACAAUCUCAAUUAGAUUUGCUUUCGAAGUAUAGUAAAAGUGAAGAGAAAGUUACAGAGCUUGAAAAAGAACUAGAAAAAGCUCAGAGCUUAAUACAGCAAGAAAAGGAAAACACCAAAACUAUGGAAAUGAUUGUAAACAAUUAUGAAUUGAAAUUGGAGGAAAAAGAACAAAGUUUGGUUGAUCUGAAACAAAAAUUGUUAGUAGUCCCAGAUCAAGGACAAAUUACUGAAAAAGACAAUCAAAUGCACCAACUUGAAAGUCAGUUGGCAAGAUUAAAGGACAACCUGUCCAGGCAAGGAAGUGAAAUGCAGGAUCUUCAACAGCUGUAUCAAAAUGAAUGUGAACAACUUGAACGUACUUUAAAUGCUUUAGAAGACUGUAAAAAAUCUUUUAGUCUGAAACUAGAAGAAGCAGAAAUUGCUAUAACAAACUUGCGGGAAAGAUUGUCAUCUUCUGAAUCUGAAUGUGAAAAAUCAAAACAAAUUAUUCAAGACAAAGAUAGUUAUAUUAUAUCUAUUGAACAAUCAAAACGAGAAAAUAUUGAAAAAGUGAAUGAAAUGGAAGGACAGAUAGAGACAAAGGAUGAACAAAUAAAAUCUCUUACAGAAAGUCUAAAUAAUAUACAGAAUGAUCUGAUGAAAAGGAUUGAAGAAAUGAAAAAAAUGCAAGAGAUGUACGAUAAACAAUCAGAGGAUCAGGAUAAAAUUAUGAAUACUAUUGAAGAAUUCAAUGCUUCAAAUGCUCAAAAGUUACAAGAAAAGGAAGCUAAAAUCACUGACUUAAUGCAAGAGUUGUAUGGCAAACAGAGCAUCCUGGAAGUGACAGAGGCAUCAAAAAUGGCAUUUGUCACUUCACUGCAAGAAGCUGAGCAGACUAUAACUCAAAUAAAAGAGCAUGUUCAAGAAAAGGAUAAAAUUGAAGACGAGUUAAAACUUCAGUUGCGUAAAAAUGAAGAGAAAGUUCACAUGUUGGAAGAUAAUAUUGAUAGACUCUGUUUGGAAAACUCCACAUUGAAACAGCAACUAAAACAGUCGGAAACAGCAGACGCCCAUGGCAACCUUUCUGGAAAAACAGAAAAUAUCCAACAGAUGGCAGACAUUGUACAAGGUGGUCAUAGAGAGAAUGUAGAAGAGGUGGAUGGUAAUACAGAUCCAAAGAUUCAGAAAGUUCCAUUUAUAGAAGAAGCUGUAAUGGUAGAAAAGGUCCAAACACUACAGUCUGCUGCUGAGAAUGGUUUCAGUAAAAAUGAUAGAGAAAACCUAAAACUUGACAUUACAAUGUUAACCAGUCAGAUUCAAGAUCUAAAAGAGGAAUGUGUUCUCUCUAAGCAGGAAAUCGAAAAUCUUCAGAGGCAGUUACUUACUCAACAGGACGAACAUAAAAAGACAAUUAAUGAAUAUAGAAAUGAGGUAUCAGAAAUAACACAAGAGAAAUGCAAAUAUGAAAGCUUGUCAGAAAGACUGGAAAUCACUGUAGAGGAACAAAGGAAAAUGAUAGAAACAUUUAAUGAAAACGCAGCUGAAAAAGAUGAAACUAUUCAAAAAUAUGAGAAAAAUCUUAAAGAACUAGGUGAGCAGAGACUGAAAUAUGAGCAAUUAUCUGAAGAACUACAGCUUAGCCUUGAUGAACAGAAAAAAAUAGUAGAAAAUUUAAUUCAGGCUUCAAAUGAAAAAGAAGAGAAAAUCAACGAAAUGCAAGGGUUAAUUGAUAAUUUAAAGGAUGUCAUAACAGAGAAAGAUGAAGAGUUAACAACCUUAGAAGAUGCUAAUCAGUCUUUAUCAGAAAAGGAUUCAUCAAUUUUAGAGUUACAAACGUCGAUAGAAAAACUAAAACAUACUGUCUCAGAAAAAGACCAGAAAAUCAUAUCAUUGGUUGAAAAUCUUCAGGAAGAAGAGGAAACAUUAUCUCCCUUGGCUGAUGCAAACGAAUCUCUGACAGCUACAAUUACGACCAGGGAGACAGAAAUAAGUGAAAUCAAACAGUCACUCUCAGAGAAAGAGGAAGCACUUGCAGAAAUGAAGAAAGCAUUUGAUGAUAAAGAACUUCAGUUUAAGAAAGCACUUGCUACUGCUAAGAAAUUGAAGUUCCAAUUACAGAAAACAAUCAAAGAGAAGGAAGAAGCUGCUAAAGCUGAGGGUCAUGAAGAAGAGGAUAGUCAGACAAAAUCAAAAGAACUUGAAAGCAAACAGGCAGAGUUAUUGGAAGUCAAAGAACUCCUUGAACAGAAAUCAUCUGAAAUAGAAACAUUAUCUAAUCAAUUAUCAACAAAAGAACAUCAAUAUGCAGAAAUCAAAGAAAAGUUCAAAACAUUAUUUGAAUCUUCAACAGUAUUAGAAGAAACAAAAUCAGAAUUAGAAAAUCAAUUGUCAGAAUUGUCACAAAAAUAUGAACAACUUUCAAAUGAUCAUGUUGCUAUAAAUAGCUCUUUAGAAAAAUCUCAGUUGGAUGCUCAAGAGGAAAAACAGGAACUUCAAGAAAAACAAUCAGAAAUUGAAAAAUUAUCAACAAAAAUUUUAGAGUUAGAAAAAAUAACUGAAGAAAAAGAAAGUUAUGUUAAAGAAAUGGAAGAAAGAGUAGGAAAUUUUGAAGAACUGAUACAAUCUCUUCAACAGGAAGUCAGAAAGCAGACGUCAUCAGUGGAACAGCUGCAGAAUGAUGUUAAACAAGGGGAAAUAGAAAAAGGGCAACUUGAAGAAGAAAAGCAAAGUCUUCAGAAAAAUCUUGAACAAACAGCUUCAAAGAUUGUAGAUUUAUCAAAUCAGUUAGCAUUCCAUGAAGAAAAUUUAUCUCAAUUUGCUCACAGUCUCAAACUGCUCACACCUCAAUUACAUCAUAUAGAUUUCCAAAAUCUGAAUCAAGUUUCUGAAAUUAUAAAAGAUGUUAUCGGAACAUCAGAACAGGAAAUAAGUGUCCUAAAACAAAAACUAGAGAAUAGUGAAGAGACUUUAGGUGAUGAAAUUGAAAAGAAAGUUGAAGACUUGCAAAGUUUUUAUGAAACCAAAUUAACCAAUCAAAUAAAAGAAAAUCAGUCUCUGCAAGAGAAUAUCUCACAACUAGAUCAUCAGUAUAAGGAAAGUAUGAAAGAUAUUGAAAUUAAAUUAGCCAAUCAAACAGAAGAAAAACAGUUACUGCAAAGUCAGUUUUCUGACCAGAUAACAAUGAUUCAAAAUACAAUUGAAUCUAAAGAAUCUGAAUUAAAUGAACUGACAGCAAAAAAUGAAACACUGAGGAAUGAAAUUUUGGAAUUAACCAAUCAGGUCACAGAUAGUGAAAAUUUAAAAUCAGAGAAUUUAUCUUUACAAGAACAAAUUGCAAUUUUAGCUGAAGGAAACAGUAAUCUUAUGAGUGAAAAAGAAACACUUUCAAAACAUAUUGAAGAACUUAAACAGUCUACAGAAAAUAUUUCUAAAGAAAAGGACCAGUUAUCACUGACUCUUGAAAAGAUUUCAGAGGAAAAUCUUGAACUUAAAUUAUGUGUUGACAGACUAACUACAGAAAAGCAAGAUUUGGAGUUAUCGUUUUCUGCAGUAACAGGUAACAACAAAGACUCUGAGACAGCUAUGAGCGAACUUGUACAGCAAUGUCAGAAACUGCAAGCAAAAUUAAGUGAAGUUACAGCACAAAAUGAACAUUUACAAACAGAGGUUAAUAGUAAUAAAGAAGAACUAGAUCUUAGUAGGUCAGAAUUAUCAACUAAAGAGAGUGCUAGAGAGGAGUUAGAGGAAAAACUAUCUCAGGCAAAUGAACAAAUUCUUAAUCUGAAAGGAGAAGUAGAAAAUAAAACUGAAGCUCUUCAGAGACUACAAGAACUAGAAAGUACAUGUGAAACAUUAACUUUAAAUUCAGCCACAGAUUCUCAAGUAAAAUUAGAAUUAAAUAGUGAACUGGAUAAAUCUCAACAAAAAAUUCAUGAUUUGGAAACAGAUGUUGAAAAUUUAAAGCAAGGUAUUGUUGAACUGACAGAGAAAUGUAAUAUUCUUAGUCAAGAAAAAAAUGAACUAGAAUCUAAAUAUAGCAUGAUAAAUGAAAGAAAAGAAGAAGUAACUGAGAAAAUGGAUAAAGAUGUAGCUCAUGUUACAGACAUGGGAUGGGGAGAUACAAUAGAAAAGGUAGCCAUUGAUCCACUUACAGAGUCAGCAACAGAAUAUGGUUUAGAUUCUCAAGUACAGGAGGGUUGGGGUGAUGCUAUCGAAAAAGUACAAGUUGUGCCUCUUAGGCAAGCAGCCCCUGAAGAAAAUCAUGAAAUUCAGGCUCUGAAAGAUGAAAUAAAAACAUUACAUGAGAAAGUGUCAGUAAAUGAGACAAAAUGUGAGAAGAUGUUGACUAAACUUAAAGCAUUCAAGGCUAAAAAUCAGGCUUUACAAACUGAACUAGAUCAGACUAAAGAAAAACUUGCUGAGACCACUACAAAUUUGGAAAGUGGCCAUGUUAAUGCAGAGACAUCAACCAAAGCUUUGAAAGAAGAAAUAGAAAAAUAUGAACUGGAAUUAAAAAAUGUUAAAAGAGAAAAAGAGGAAGUGAUACAAUCUUUAGACACAGAAAAAUUGAAGAAUGAAAAAUUGAAUACACAUGUGUUAGAAAAUGAAACAAAAUAUAAAAGUCGUAUCGAAGUAUUGCUUCAGCAAAUUGAAACGGAAAGUUCUCAAUUAAUAGAGUUAAAAUCUCAAAAUCUGAAAUUAUCUGAUGAUUGUCAAAUAUUAAAACAGGAGAAUUCUAAAUUAUCAGAAUCUUUGAACCAAGGAUUGAAAGAAAAAGAAACACUCCAUGUAGAAACUGAAAUAUUACGAUCAGAAAUUGAAAUCUUGGAACGAAGUAAAAGUGAAAAUGAGAGACAAGUAAGGGAAAAUCAAUCGUUGUGUGAUGAACUCGAAUCUGAGUGUAAAAGCUACAGGGAAAUUGUUGCUAAUCUAAAACAAACAUUAAAUCGAGAAAAAGAGGAACAUUUUCAUAAAAUCAAACAAAUGCAAGGUGGGGGUGGAGAUGUCAAUGAUUUGAGAAACAAGAUAUCUGAAUUAGAAAAAGAAAAUAAUCAGUUAGCUGUUUUAAAAACUAGAAUCUCUGAACUUGAAUCAGAACAUGAACAAAUAAUGGAAGAAAUGGACGGUCUAAGGGAAGAUCUGAUCAAUGAAAAGAAAGACUCAAAAGAGAAAGUAGAAAACUUGAAGACUGAAUUUAAAAAUGCUCAAGGAGCUGAUAAUGUUGAUGAUUUGAAAAAGGAAGUUGAAAAGUUACGAACAUUGUGUAAGCAACAACAAGUUGAAAGAGAAGGACUGGACUGGAAACUUCAGGAAAUGUCAUCACUAGAAGAAGAGAUUGAAGAUCUUAGGUUAGAGCUAGAAAGUACAAGGAAGGAACACAAAUCUGGUAUCAGUGAGGAACAUUGGAAAAAAAUGAAAGAGGAUCUAGACCAAACUAAGGUAUCACUGAAAACCAAAGAAGCAGAAUUGGAAAAUUUGAAACAAGGAAAAACAGCCUCUUCUUCAGAUGAUCAUGUGACUGACCUUGAAGAACAAUUGGAACUUAUAAAUGAAGAGCUCAAUGAAGUCAUGUCUGAGAAUGAAAGGUUGAAAUCUAACCCUUCAGCAAUGAAAGAACAAAUGUAUGAUACAUUACAAAAACAAUUUUCUGACCUUGCUGAGAAAUACAGUACUGCAAUGGAAGAGAAUGAAAAACUUAAAACUGUGGAACAAGAAAAAUCUAAAGAUUCUGAUAGACCUCAAGUGGCAGCUAAUGACUCCAAGGUCACGGAUUUGGAGGAGCAGCUUCAAAUGAUCAACGAGGAACUAAAUGAAUUAAUGUCCGAAAAUGAGAAUCUAAAACAAGGUGCUGGCCCUGAUAAAAUGAAACUACAAAUGUUUGACAAGUUACAAAGUGAGUUUGAAGAACAGAACAAGAAAUUUGAAAAUCUAGAGAAAGAAAAUAGUAAUCUUAUCAAGCAAGCUGCUGAAAGCACUCAAGCUGAUAACUCAGAAGUUGAAGGAUUGAGAGAACAAUUAGAUAUCAUCAAUGAAGAACUGAAUGAAUUGAUGUCAGAGAAUGAAAGGUUAAGGUCAAGGACAAGUCCACAAGAAAUGAAGGUCAAAAUGUUUGAUUCACUUCAGAAAGAAUUCCAAGAAAUGGGAGAAAAAUAUUCUGAGGCUGUGAAAAAUGUUGAUAAUUUGAAAAAUGAAAUUAAGGAAAAGAAUUUAGAGAUAAGUUCUCUCCUGAAUAAUUUAGAUGUGAAACAAGUUGUGGAGGUUGAUGAAAAUAUUAAACGUGAACAGGUACGAAACGUUGGAAAAUCUCCAGAUUCUAGUUCAAGAGAAAGUGGCAUGAUGAAACAAGAGAAUGAAAAGUUAAAACAAUUGUUAGAUGAAAAAAGUGCAAUGUUUGAUAAAUUACAAACUGAUUUAAAUAGUAUGAAUGCAGAAUAUAGUAAGAUCAUUAAUGACAAUUCAAAUAUGGCAAAGCAAAUAGAAGAACUUCAUCAAAGACUGUUAAAACAAGGCGAGUCUCAAAAAGAUGUUUUAAUCAUCAAAGAAGAAAGAGACCAUUUUGAAAGAGAAAAAGACAGACUGAUCAAACAUAUUCUAGAUCUUGAAAAACAAAUAGAAACAAACUCUGAUCAAAACGUUCAAGUGAAUCAGGAAUUACUAAAAGUUGAGGGAGAAUUACAACAGUUAGUGUUUGAUAAAAAUUCCCUACAAUCCCAAUUAAAUCUGUCCAAUGAGGAUGGAAAACAGACGAGUAGGUUUCAGGCAGAUUAUGACCAGUUACAGAAACAGUUUAAUGUGGCUAUGGGACAGAAGAAUCAGGCACAAACAGAAAGUAACCAGUUAAACCAUAGAUUACAACAGAGAGAAGCCAGGUGUCAACAGCUUGCAAGACAGGUGAGCCAGUUAGCAGAGGACAGAAGUCAUCUGAACAAACAGCUUGGUAACUUUUCACAGGCUCUAAGGGGGCGAGAACAAGAGCUGAGUUCUCUACAAAAACAAUACAGAUUAUUGUACCAGGCACACAAUGAACUCCAGGCUAAGUUAAUUUCAUUUGAAAGAAAAGCUACAUCUGAGAAAAUUCAAAAGGCUAAUGCUAUAGAACUGUCUGAGGUCAAAGUUGAAAAGUUGCCAGCUAUUCAAAGCUCAAUCAAUGACAAACCACUUCGACAGACAUCAGAAGACAUGAGGAUGGAAAACAAAGAAUUUGAGGCCAGAUUGGCAGACUUUGCCAGAGUGAGAACUCAAUUAACAGAAACAAAUGAGAGGUUGGAAAAGACAUUACAAAUGGAGAGAGAACAGAGACUGCAGACUGAAGAGGCUCUAUCAGCUGUCCAGGCUAGGCUUAGGUGUAUAGAGACGGGAGAUGAGUUGAAGAUAGAUAUGGGAGAAGAUGAUUAUGAUGAUGACAGAAUAAGAGAAGAAAGUCCAAUGUUAUUGAGAAAUGAUACAACUUAUUUCUGCAGAAUGACAAGAUGGCUGAGAAUACAGAAGGAAUACUACUGUGUAUCUGGCCGACAGCUAACACGCUUGAUGAGACAACGACCUGGAAUAAGGAAAAUGAUAUGGGUCUACUUCGUUUUCCUUCAUAUAAUGAUGUUUGCAUCUGUAUUUGGCUUAAUAUGAAACAUGCAUCUAGUCAAGAAGUCAUCCAUCAAAAAUUUGUUACCUGCAUAAUUAUUUAUUAUCUCUCAUUGUAGAUAUCUAUUGUUUUUGUUUUGUAAAAAAAUGUUAAAACUGUAUGUUAACCGGAAUUGUUGAAAAAUAAACAUGUGUACAUUUGUACAUAGAUUGGUUGAUACCUCUUGCUACAAAAACUAAAGUGAUGCAAAAGUUGUUUUUAUUUCAAAUUGUGAUAUAUUGGGCAGCUUUCAAGUUUUGUUUUGUUUUUACAUUUUGAGACAAAAAAAGGAAAUCUUUGAAUAAUGUUAUACAUUCCAAAUAUAAAAUUCUGUAUCAGUAGAUUUAGUAAUUACUUACUGAUUUUCAGUUUUAAAUUAGAAAUGAGACUAUAUAAGGCUCAUAUGUUGCUUUCUUCUGUAAUAAUAAAAGGUAUUUGAAUUGCCCAAAUUGAAUACAUAUAAAUAUCAAAUGUUUUGUAAUUGUAGGUCUAUAUUGAUUUCAACAUACAUGUACAUGUAUUGUAAGAUUUAACAAACAAAAUCAGACCCUUAUCACUCAUACCUCAUUCAUGUCUGCCCUGUUUUUAACUUAUUAUAUGUUGUUAGUUAAAGGUCUGUUUUGCAUGUUAUAUAAGUUGAUGUUAGAUAUUAAAAUUUAAAAGCUUGCUCAAAUUUGAGAUCAAAAUUUAAAAAAAUAGUUUAUUUAUAUAUAUUGGUUAACAUUCCUAUGAAAAGCUCUGUGAUAGAUUUCCCAACCUUUUCAUGUUGUUUCUAUAUUUACUAGUAGACGACGUCAUAGCUGUUGUUUUUAUCAGUAAUUCUGACACUUUAUUUUCAUAGAAAGUAUUUUUGUUGGUUAGUUCAAAAUAGAUUGUUUACCCUAACGAUGAAAUAAUGAAUUAUGUAUUAUGUAUGUUAACAAUUGACAUUUCAUAUUUUUUUCCCUUAUAUUUAAAAACUUUUUAUGUAUAUAUGUAUGUAAAUGGUGUGAAAUGCUAAUGAAUUUGUUUGUAUGAAAUGACAUUUCUGUCAUGAAUAAUCUCAUUAUUUUUUCUUGGGUGGUGAAAUUAUGAGGAUAUUGAAUUGAGAGUAAAGAAAUGAUUGAAAGAAAAUCUGUUUUUAUCAUGAUUGGCAUAAAUUUAUGUAUAGUUUUAACUUUAUUUAAUUAUAGGAUAGAUAUUAAAAAAUGUUCAACUUUUGCAUUUAUAUAAGUUGUAUCUGUUAACUCUGUAUAUAAUCAAUUAAAAUUUAAUUCAUUUAAAUCAUUUAAUAAUUUAUUAUACUAUGCUCAUGUAAAAUAAAUAUUGAUCUAAAGUUAUUUCAACAGCUUGUCUGUACAAAAACCCAUUAAACUGUGUACUUAAUGAUCUUUAAUAUAUCUAAUCUUUAUAUUUAUUGUAUACCUAAGAAUUAUAUUUUUCUGCUGUUGGUUUUUAAAAGAUUAUGUAUGUUUAUAUAAGUUUAAGAAAUAUUAUCAUCCAAACAAGGUAAUACUAAAAACUAUGGAAAAAGAUAAACCAUGGGUUUGUUUAAAUGUAUGCACAUGGCAAUUUAAGCCAAUAUUUUAUGGUUUUAAUGACCAGCUGUUAGCUUUCAAAAAAGACAUAAUCUAACAUUGUAGCCUUUUUAUCCAUCCCACAGUAAAAAUCAUUACUGACCUAUUUUAUAGUAUAUUUUUGGUAUUGUUAGCUUUAACUUUAUUCUUGUGUUCUUGACAUAGGCUUGAAAGUGCAUUUGUGUGAAAUUGCCUGAAUACAUAGAUUUAUUGAUAGAUAACUGUUCUUGAAAAAUAGAAAUCUUGGGUUUUUUUGUGUUGUUAGAUUGUUGUCUCAUUUAUUGUAUACACCAAUUGGCUUUGAUUUAAAUAUACAAAUGAUAAAUUCUAAGCAGAUUAUUUUCCUAGUUGAUAAUUUGUAUUCAGUUUUAUAGUUUCUCAUGAAAUCGGUUAUCAUAAAUAUUAAAAUCAAUGCAACAGGUAAUAGUGGUAAUAGAGUAAACUUGUGCUGGUUUAAAACCACUAUCUUCUCAUGAUGAUUAAAAAUUGAACAACAAAAUACCUCCAUGACAGAAGGAUAUUCCUGAUAUUCCAGUACACAUGCAUGUCAGUGAGACAGAAAUUCAGCAACACAAAAACGGGGGAAACCCCAUUCUUGAAUAUGAUUGGUUAGUGAUAUUUUUGAUGGAUUUUACUUGUGUGUGGCAUAGCUAUACUUGUGUGACAUAGCUAUAUUUAGAUGCAUUAAUUAUCAUUUUAUCAUUUAAUCAUGUUGAUGUAUAGGUUGUAAUGACAGUGUUAGCUCUCAAAUCAUUUUCAUAAUUAUUGUCUUCAAAUACAGUAAUUUAAAGUUUGAAGGAUAAGGAUAACAGUGCUACAAAUAAAAUACAUAAAUUAGUUAUAUUUAGUAGAAAAAAAACAGCAUUGUGUAUGAAACUGUGGCCAUAUGUAAAUAAUGUGUUCAAAAUGUAUUACAGUAGUCACAGUUUACUUAACAUAUCAGUGAUAAACAUGUGAUAUCAAAUAAAUCUUGGGGAAAAACUU